CAUUUAUGGGAGGGUGGAUUUGGGUCGGGGAGGAGAGAAAGAUGGUAGGAUUUGAGUAUAAUGUGACGAUACCACGGGCCGGAACUUGGGCCGCAGUUUCUUUCUUCCUGACGCUUCUCAGCUGAUGCCCCUUCCGAUUGUUUGCAAAGCGUCCAUGCGCGCAAAUGGACUGGUUGCUACGGAAACACCCUGACAACCAAUCAGCUGCUAGCUUCUUUCCGGGUGUCACCAGGAGUGGUUGUGGGCGAUUUUACUAUCAGGAACAGACGCCGAGGGGCCACCAAAUGGUGUGUAAUGCGAUUGUCCUAUUUAGUUCCGUUGUCGGUAGGACCCGAGUUCGUGCUGAAUAAGCAGUGUGGUUACGAAGUGUAUCUCGUUCGAUUUUGAAAACAACGGUUGGAACUGAUCACGAAAACUAUAUGGCCCAAGCCAUUUAGAAACUAACUUUAACGUUCUCGUUAUUGAACUGUUCUAGCGCACUAUAAUUCAAAAAUGUUAAAGCACGUGCAUUUAUCCAGCUCAGGCCUGUCACCUUAUCGAUGUCGAACGCCCGCACGAGAUACAGUAAGCCUGAACUCAACGCUUAGUUUCAGCAGUUGUAGUGGACACGACCCGUUAUCGUCUCGAUCGUCCAGCACUUCGAGUCUCCAUGACGUUAGUCUUUCACCAAAAUCUCCAAAAGUAGUAGUGAAAGUGUAUGCUCGAGUGUUAUCCGUUGAUGUCGAAUACAAGACGUUAUCCAUUGGACCACAAACCACGAGUAAAGAGGUUGUGUGCAUGUUGCUUAACAAGUUCCGAAUGAAACAUCGUGACCCAAAUCUCUACUACCUAGCAAUGGAGGUGUGGAUCAGAAAAACAGGUUUACCCAUCAGGACGGUAAUGGUGCUGGAUGAUGAAGCUAAACCUGGUGAACUUCAAGCUUGUCAUCCACGCAGCGAAAUCAGAUUCUUUCACUCCACUCCACCAGUUUGUAGGUUCUUGCUUCAAAUGAGAAGGGGUGGUUUAGUCAAAGUGUACGACAGCUGCCUAAUGACAGGUUCUUUAUACAAAAGUCUAUUGAUAUCGGAUAGAACUACAACAGAAGAAGUGAUACAACUUCUUUUACAUUGUUACAAUUCAAAGGAAAGACCAAAUAAAUUUUCCUUGUUUGAAAUUUCAUCGGUUCAAAAAUAUGAAAGAAAACUUCAUCAACACGACUACCCGCUGUUAGUUCAACAAGAGUGGCCUAACCGUGAACAGUUUUCUUUUCAUCUACGUAGAAACUCCGAAUGCCUCCAAAAAACGGAAAGGGAGGUGGGAGUCCAAUUCAUCUCUCUGCUUCCGUCUUUACAUCUAACACGCACGUCUUUAGUUUUCUAACCUUGUACCGAGCUUCUUUGGAUAAGAAGUACCAGUGCUUCUGGACAACAGAGCUUUAGGCUUAGCGUAAGAGAUGAAGUUAGUCCCAUUGCAAUACACUCACCAACACUGAAGCCUUCUUUCAACAAUUAUGACAAUUUUUUUACAUCUGAACAGGAAGAGAAAAAAUUCAACCAGUUAAAAAUAUUGAAAGCUAGUCAGUUAUUUAUGAAUUAUGACUUCACAAAAACUUGAUAUUUUUAAAAAAUAAAAUAUAUUUUGUCAAACAUAUUUGAAACUUAUCAAUUAGUUACUUACAAUAUAAAUACAGCUAAAUUAAAAAAUGUACCAUAUAUAAAA